AUGUACACCUCAGUACGCAGCACUCGCGGGGUGCGCAACAGAGAAUCCUCUUUGUUAAGCCGUCUGGUAUGUGCGCUCAGAGGGAGCCGCGUCCUCGUCACGCUGUCUAACGGCACCACCAUCGCAGGCGUUGUCGCCUACUACCAGGGCGAUAUUCGCACGGUGAAUGUGCACGACUCGGUGCUCGAUUUGCAGUCGUUCGAGGGCCCCGGGCGCGAUCUCCAGUUGCCGCCGGAGAUACGUGACGCGUGCCUAAACUCGAAAAGGGCCGGCAGUCAGUUACCAGCGCGGCACAAGAUCGUCACGUCGCCUCCGUCGCAUUUUGGGCUCACCGGCGCAACGGUGUGUCUCGCCGGGCGCCGGUACAGCGUGAGCAAGGUGGAGGUGGACGAGAGGUGGGUGAGCACCGUCCUGCCGAGCGACGGCGGCGCUACGGACACGAAGCCGGGCAGCCGCUCUAUUAACACCGCGCCGCAGCUCCGACGGCUGGUGCUGCAGCAGCCGGCCGACGAAAUCAAAAACGCAGCCUUUUUGCGCUGCAGCCGGAUAGGCGAACACAACUUAAAAUAA